AAAGUAUUUAGUACGGUGUGGUACGGUGAAUAUACGAACCACUAAACAGGAAGUUGAGUUUGACAGUUUUCGGUGAGUCAAAAUCAUCGGAAUAUUUUGCAAAAUAAACUAACCUCAGACGGCUGAUUAUUGCAAGACAGUUUUACUUUAGAAUAAGAAAAUGUCUGGAUUUUUAGAUAACUGCAAUCUACCAAACUGUGAAUGUUUAGAACUUGGAGAAAGGAGGAACUUUGUUGCUUCAGUCAUUUCAGGACUACUGUUUUUCAGUGGUUGGUGGAUUGUUAUAGAUGCUGCAGUGAUGUACCCAGACCAGAAUGAUUUUAAUCAUGCAUGCCAUACAUGUGGUGCGAUAGGGACUGUGGCAUUCUUUUUGAUAAAUUCAGUGUCCACUGGUCAGAUUAGAGGUGAUGCCUACAGUACUGGAUGUUUAGGUCAAACAGGAGCAAGAGUGUGGUUAUUUUUGGGUUUCCUUCUGGGAUUUGGAGCCCUUAUUGCAGCUUCAUGGGUUCUGUUUGGUGUCUAUGUUGUUCCAGGAGACAAACCUGAGUGGCCAGGAAUAGCAACCUUCCUUCAAAAUGCACUGAUAUUUUUCAGUGCCAUGGUGUUUAAGUUUGGCCGGGCAGAGGAUCUCUGGGAAUAACAUCUCUCUUUCUACUAACAGCUUGUUUAGCUCUCUAACAUAUUCUUUGAUUUUUAAGUUUGGAAGAACAGAGGACUUGUGGCAAUAGAGGAUUCAAUUUAGAUGUCAUCUGUGUCGUGUUGUAUUAAAUUUCAUCUGUGUUAAGUUGGGAUUUUCAUCCAUGUUAUGUUGUAUCUCAGUUACAUUUUCCAUCACCUGAACAUACAGAUCUGAGUUACUUAAGAUAUAGAUGUGUUAACUCUCUAUUGGGUUGAAAUAGAUGAUGGUUAUACUUAGCAAUGUAUAAAUUGUUGAUGAAUUUUGUGUACACCAUGCUUUACUUAAGUACAUCAAUAGUGAUAAAUUGUGUUAAAAUUGCUUGAAUUCAGGAGAAAUAUGAGGGUUGAUCAAUAUAUUCGAGGACACACUCCAUAAAUUAUUUUUUCGGGGAAGGAAUGUAAAUAUAAUUAUAUUUGACAUUUUUUCAAUGAUUUAUCAAUUUGAUGUGUAAGUUUCAGAUAAAUAAUCCGUAUAUUUUAUCCGAAAUGACAGUUUUAGAAAUACAUGUAUAGCUGAUCGCCGCAGCUCAUUGGCAAAUUAUAUUACGUCGUGAUGUUGGCGUUACAUCUUCUAAAAAAAACGCAGCCCCAACUUCUACACAUUGUUCAUACCUGUGUUCCCACUGACUGAUAAUGUUCUUAUAAAAACAAAUGAACGCAACACAGACAAUGCCCUUGACUGUAAAUCAUGGAGCCCAGUAAAUUUGUGCCUUCAAUUUCACUCGCAUUGCAUUUGCAACAAGUUUCAGUUGGUCUGCUGCAUCUCUUAUCAUCCUUGAGUUCUUCUCUACCUUCAUUGAAGCGUUUGUGCCAUUAUAAACUUACAAAUGAGCGCGUUGUUUGUUUCGGAUGCAAUUUCCAUGUUUUCUUUAGUCUCCUGUGGCGUCAUACCAAGAUUUACACAGAACUUAAUUACUGCCUCUGCUCCAAGAACGUCGUGCUCCUCUCUGGUGACACACCCCUGUCUCCAUUGACAUCUCCAACAAACAAAAGAAGUCGUAGCGACAUUAAUUUUUUUUAACAAAUGUUCUAUAAACGUUAUGAAAGAACGUUGACGUCAUUAUCGUAUAGUAAAGAAGGGCACCAAAAUAAGGACAAUUUUUAAGUAUUUUAAAACGGUAAAUAUAACUUUUUUAAGCUGCGGCGUUCGUACGGCAUAGGGUAGCUAUGGCGAUACAUAAAAUCAACAAAAUGAGAUUUUUUUUUUAAAAAUCACAACAUAUUUGUAAUUGUAUUAAUACUUCUCCUAAAUAGCAAAUUUCUUUAAAAUAUCUUGAUUAAUUAUUAAGUUAUUAAUAGCGUCCAUGAAUAUAUUGAUCAACCCUCGUAUGUGUCUAUUUUUAGAUAGCAUCCACAUGCUCAUUAUGUAAUGAUAACUUUCCCUGUUCAUGGCAUUAUUUUGAUUUUGGAUACAAUAUUCAUAUUAUUGUUUGCUCUAUACAUUUACCACAUGUUAUCUACUUUUAAUUAAUAGUAAUAUUAAGAUUACAUUAUAAAGUCUCCGCCGUCAUCUUAAAAAAUAAAAAAAAAUAUGGGAGUAAAAGAAAUAUUUUUACCUUGGUUGUUAAAGAAAGUUUCUAU